AUGGAGAACGAUAAUGAAGAAUACACUGAAGAGUUGAAUGUGGCCGUUAGGGUCGUCCACAUGGCAUGUUCACUAUGCCAAAAGGUGCAGAAGCAAUUGCUUUUCUCAAACAAUUCCAAUCAGAUUAAGUCCAAGGAUGAUGAUUCUCUGGUUACUGUUGCUGACUGGAGUGUGCAAGCUACAGUAAGUUGGAUGCUCUCAGAAGCUUUUGGUGGACAAAAUAUAUCCAUUGUUGCCGAAGAAGAUGUUCAAACUCUUUCCAAGCCUGACUCAUCAGCACAACUGGGAAUGGUGGUCAGUGCAGUGAAUGAGUGCUUGGCUGAGGCGUGUAAAUUUGGUCUCAAGGGUCCAAAUGAAGCACUUGGUGCUUCACAAGUUCUUGAAUCAAUUAACCGAUGCAACUCAACUGGGGGCCCUGUGGGACGGCAUUGGGUCCUUGACCCUGUUGAUGGAACACUGGGCUUUGUGCGUGGAGAUCAGUAUGCCAUUGCACUUGCUAUGAUUGAUGAUGGAGAAGUUGCAAUUGGAGUACUUGGGUGCCCUAAUUACCCAGUGAAGGAUGAUAGCCUGAUCAAAUAUAGUCAACAAUGUCCUGUUAUGUCAGAAAUAUCAUCACGGGAAGAAGGUUGUGUGAUGUACACAAAGAAAGGCAGUGGUAAAGCUUGGAUGCAACCCUUAAUUCAUGGCGAUAAGAGGCUCGAGUGGCAAAAUUCUGCAAGAACUGUGCACGUUUCUUCCAUUGAUGAUCCUGCAUUAGCAACAUUCUGUGAGCCUGUGGAAAAAACCAAUUCAAACCAUUCCUUUUCGGCUGGUAUUGCUCAUACUGUAGGGCUAAGAAAUCAGCCGUUGCGAGUUUAUAGCAUGGUCAAAUAUGCAGCCAUUGCUCGAGGGGAAGCUGAGAUUUACAUGAAAUUUGCUAGAUCUGGAUACAAGGAGAAGAUAUGGGAUCACGCAGCGGGUGUUCUCCUUGUGCAAGAAGCUGGUGGUGUGGUUACUGAUGCAGGUGGGACACCAUUGGAUUUUUCAAGAGGAAUAUAUCUUGAAGGUCUUGAUAGGGGAAUAGUUGCUUGUUCUGGGUUCAAGCGGACUAAUGCAGUUAAUGGGACACUAUUUUUGUACUUGCUUCUAGGCAAGGAAGUUCUUGAUGGAGUUGGCUCACUUAUCCUAAGACCUAAAAUAAGUGUCAUUACCAAGGCUCCUUCCGCUAACAAGUAA